AUGAGUGAUAUUCAGGCAGCUGUUAAGAAGGCAUUGGAAGAGAAAACACAGGAAGAACUCAGUGCAAUUGCAGCUGGAGAAGACGAUGAAAAUCCUCAAAAGGAAUUGUCUAUUGAAGAAGAAUAUCAAUUAUGGAGAAAGAAUUGUCCAUUGAUGUAUGAGUUUGUUUCAGAAACAGCUUUAACAUGGCCAAGUCUAACUGUUCAAUGGCUUCCUGACCAAGAAGUAUUAUCUACAGGGAUCAAACACAGAAUAUUAUUGGGAACUCAUACUUCUGGUGAAGAUACAGAUUAUCUAAAGAUUGCAUCUACUCAAUUACCUAAAAGUUUGGUAGAUACCAAUGGUAAACAACAACAACAAGAAGAAGGACCUGCUGAUUAUCAAAAACAAGGUUUCAAUGCUAGAUUAAAAGUCAAUAAGAAAUUUAAACAUCAAGAUGAAGUGAAUCGUGCUCGUUAUCAACCUCAAGAUCCAACUAAAAUUGGUACAAUAAAUGGUUCAGGUAAAGUAUUUAUUUAUGAUACAACUUUAGAAUCAAAGGAACCAAUUUUCCAUUUGGAACAUCAUACUGAAAAUGGGUAUGGUAUUUCAUGGAAUAAAUUCAAUCAAGGACAAUUAUUAACUUCAUCUGAUGAUAAAACUGUUGCUCUAUGGGAUAUCAAUAAUCAAUCAACAUCAACAAUAACUCCAAAACAUAUUUUCAAACAUCAUAGUGAUAUAGUUAAUGAUGUUCAAUGGCAUAAUCAUAAUGCUAAUGUAUUUGGUUCAGUUAGUGAAGAUAAAACUAUACAAUUAUUUGAUAUAAGAACCUCCCUUUCAACACCAUUACAUUUAAUUAAUCGUCAUGCUGCGGUUAAUACAAUUUCAUUUUCUUUACAUUCAUCAAAUUUAUUUGCAGUUGGAUUAGAUGAUGCCACUAUUGAAUUGUUUGAUAUAAGAAAUCCUUCCAAGAAAUUACAUACAAUAAUGGGACAUUCAGAAUCUAUAACUUCAUUAGAAUGGGAUCCUCAUAAUGAUGGAAUAAUUGCAUCAGGUUCUCAAGAUAGAAGAGUUAUUCUUUGGGAUAUUAAAAAAAUUGGUGAAGAACAAAUUCAAGAAGAUGAAGAUGAUGGUGCACCUGAAUUAUUUAUGAUGCAUGCAGGUCAUACAUCAGGUAUAACUGAUCUUUCUUUUAAUCCAAAUAUUCCUUGGACUUUAGCUACAAGUUCUGAUGAUAAUAUUGUUCAUUUAUGGAAAGUGGCUAAGAAAUUGACUAAUGAAUAUCAUGGGAUCGUGGAGGAAGAUAUUGAUUAUAAUCAAUUGGAAUAG